UGUGAGGCCUUAUUGUGACGGACUUGACUGCGGGACUCGAGCUUCGCUCAGCUGUUCUUCACAUUCAAACUGUAAACUUUGAGUCCGGUCUGUGUUCUGUGCUGGACUCAUGUCGGAACCAGUGUCAGCUGACACAGGCGGAGCUGUUCUGGUUCUGUGACUCGUCCUCAUGGUGUUUGGGUCGGACAGGAAUGCUGUGAGUGUCGGGGUUUGAACCUCUUAUUUCUGGGCUGUUCUGUCGCGUUGAAGCGGAGAAAGAACCGGAGCGACCCGUCCGGUCCGGAGCCAAGCAGAACCCUCAGAGCGGGUCACCAUGCCGGGGCUGAGCGGACUGGUUCUCCUGGGGCUCUGUCUGAACCUGCACACGUGCCGGGCUCUGCCCAACAAACUGCCCGACCUCAGCACCGAACCGCCCGCCAGGUUCUCCCGCCCCGACCCGCUGGACUACUGGCUGGAUGAGGAGCUGGGAGGUGACGGGGGGCGCAGCGGGAACGGGACCGAGGGCUGCGGGUCCUGUGAGCCGGACCUGUGCCCGGAGACCCGGGGCUGUCGGGCCGGACUUGUGCUGGACUCGUGCGGCUGCUGUAAAGAGUGUGGAAACCUGGAGGGCCAAGCCUGCGACCCGGGGCCCCGCAGCGUCUACUACGGGCUGUGCGGUACCGGACUGCGGUGUCAGACGGACCCGCGACCCGCAGGGGGAGGAGGAGGAGGAGGAGGAGGAGGGGGGGGGGAGGAUGAAGAGGAGGAGGUGUGUGUGUGUGAGCAGCAGGAGGCGGUGUGUGGUUCUGAUGGAGUCACAUACAUGAACAUGUGUCAGUUCAGAGAGGCCGCAUUCUCCAGACCAGAACUCAAGACCAGAGGAAGAGGGCCCUGCAGAACCGUCCCCGUCAUUAAGGUCCCUCCUCACAGUCAAGUGAAUGGGACAGGAAGUAGUCUGGUCUUUCUCUGUGAGGUCUUUGCGUUUCCGAUGGCGUUGGUCGAGUGGAGGAAGGAGGGCCGAGACGUCGUCCUGCCCGGUGACGACCCCCACAUCUCCGUCCAGUCGAGGGGCGGUCCCCUGAAAUUCGAGCUCUCUAGUUGGCUGCAGAUCGAGGGGGCGGAGCCACAGGACUCAGGAACCUAUCGCUGCAUCGCUCGUAACAACCUGGGGAGUGUGUCAGCCUCUGCUGUACUGGGAGUACUGGGAGCAGACGAGCUGCGGUCCUACCUGGCUAACAGCGUGUCGGAGAUGAAGCAGCUGAUCGACGCCACAGACUACGACCAGGACUUUUACUGAGACACACGUGAUGUCACUUCCUCUCAGCUGAUGUCAGUGUGAGCAGCAGAGAUAGUAAACACUGGUCAUCUUCAUCAUCCUCAUCCUCAUCAUCACCUUCAUUAUCAUCAUCAUCAUCGUCACCUUCAUCGUCAUCAUCUUCAUCAUCAUCAUCAUCAUCAUCAUCAUCAUCACCUUCAUCACCUUCAUCAUCAUCAUCAUCAUCAUAUAUUAAAGACAUGAUGACAUCACACUGUGACACCAAGGCUCAGCGUGUUGAACGUGUUGUCGGCGUCGCAGGUUUGAGGCCGAGUCUCCUGUCAGCUGUCUGUGUGAAACAUAUUAUCAAUAAUAUUAUCAAUAAUAUCAUCAAUAAUACAUAUAAUGUUUAAAAUAAAUAUAUAAACAUAAAGA